CAUUUGUUUCUCUUAUCAGCAAUGGAAAUUGCGAAUAAAAGAGCCUGGCGUGAAUAUAUUUCGUAUGAAAUUAUUCGUCUGCAAAUGCAUCAGAUUCUAACAUUAUUUUUGCUGGCAUUGGCCGCCUCACCAUCCCAAGCAGUCACCGAUCGAUCAUGCGGAUCAGACUUGAGCCGUCUCUGGCUGGAUAUUGUAUUCGUGGUGGACAACUCUAAAAAUAUGAACCUGUAUAAUGUAUAUAACACAAUCUCAAACUUGUUCAAUCCAUUCGUGCAAAUCGGAACUGGGUAUGAUGACCCGAGAAGUACCCGAGUCGGAUUUAUCACCUAUAACUGGAAUGCGACUGAUGUAGCAGACUUCUACAAGUUGCAAUCCUACUCCGAUCUAAGCAGUCAAAUUCAAGCGCUCAGUGUUACACCACUCUCCCGCGCCGAUGAGACCUAUAUUGAUACUGGACUUCAAGCGGCUAUUAAUAUGAUCAAUGCUACAGGAGGACUUCGAGACAACUAUAAAAAGGUUGUAGUACUAUUCACCUCCAAGUAUAACUACUAUCAUACCUAUCCAGAAGACUUGACGGAUUACCUAAAGUCAACUGGAGUUACGAUUAUCACUGUAAACACUGGUGGGGAUAGUUAUACAACUCAGAGUCUUCGUGAUAAAAUUGCAAGCAAGGGAAUGGCUUUUGCUAUGUCUGAUGGAAAUACUACAGCGGAGUUGCAGAAGGCGGUUUUGGCAAUCAACUGCUUCUGCCGUCCGGGAUGGAUGCAAUAUCACUACCCACUGAAAUCCGAUAACAUUUACUCUAACUACGGUGUCUGCCUCUACCGUCCAGACAGUGCCAUGACUAAAUUCGCCGCUCAAAGCUAUUGCCAUUCCCUCACAACUAAUGGAUAUCUUGUCAGCGAGCUUGACCAACAGAAGAGAGCGUUCAAUUGGGACUACCUCAACUCGAAGGGAAUCACAAUCAACGCCUUCUACAACGGGCUCACCAACUACAACGGAACCUGGUGGUGGGAUCAGCCGAGCGGCCAGCCACUGUGGCCAUUGAACCCUAAUUCAGGAGCACCUCCACAGCGAUCCGGGUGUGUUGUAGACAUGAAGUAUUCUGAUGGCUCGAUUUCAUGGACUCCGAUCAGUUGCACAAGCUUUUUCCGGUUCCUAUGCGAGUCCGUUGCAUGUGAUACGGAUAAUUAUUGUGAAUUUUGAGUACCAAUGAAUGAAUUGUUCUUAUGGAUACUUGACAAAAUAAAAUGUAAUACGGUACUCCCUAAAUCUUAUGUUAUCUGUUGUUUUCAAAUGUAUGUA